AGUGAUGUGUCGAUUCGGGACCAGACGGCCGACGAGGCGUUCGCCCGACUGCAGCUCCUGUACGCCAAAUACUGCGACCAAAACGGACUGUUAAACCAAAACAAUUUGGCGAUUCUCUACAAAAUCGUGACAAUCGCUGCCCCGAACUCAGAGGAGAGUCACUACAACCUCGGGAUGUAUUGCCACCGGAUUUACAAGAGUUUCGAGGACUCGAAACGCAAUCACAGAUUGUUUUCGUUGGGAAAGACUGAGGAGAUUCUCGAGAUGAAGGGCCGGACAGUGCGCUCACUCAUCGAGUCGUUGAAAUAUGGCGUAAAACACGCGCACAACUCACUGCCCCUACUGUUGAACAUAUGGCUUGAUUUGGGGACAGAGCUGGCGUACAGCAUCAAUCGCGGCAGAAGUAGCGUCUCAUCGUCUCAGCUGAACGAAGAGAUCCGCAAAACGAUUGAGAAAAUCAAUAACAAUCUCAACGACCUGUUGGCUAACGUUCCGCUCUACAUAUUCUUCAUAGUGUUCGCGCAG